UUCUGCCUUGCUGCGGAUUCACAAUCGGCGACCCAGCCUGCACGCUGCUACUCACGGACUGCCUUCUUUCUCGUCGCAAUUAUAAAGAUGUCCUAUCCGACUCGGAAUUUGCCAAGCAACUGAAUCCCAUCCAGCGCCAUGACAAGCGCCAGCUCAUCUCGUGCACACGCUCUUCGACGCGGUAAAGCAUGCCUCGUUUGCCGGCAACUCAAAAUAAAGUGUGACGGGCUGCGGCCUCUCUGUGGCCCAUGCCAGAACAAUCCAAAAGACGAGCCAUGCCAAUUCCAAGAAGUGAUGUCACGAACUCGGGAACUCGAAGGCACAGUAGCGCGGCUGCAGUCCCGCCUUCACGAGCUGGAGAUAGGCUCUUUGUGGAUGUCAGGCUACAGUUCUCCGCAGAUGCGGACCGACUUCGACAGUUCCCCGACACGUAAGUACUGCAUCAGGAUUCAAUCCAUUCAACCCCACAUUAACGGUGGCCCGAUUGCAGCAACGGGUGAAACUGAAGCAUUUAGUGGCGAUGAGCCACCGCUCACUAUGAUACCAACGUUACUGGACUAUUUCCUACCAUAUGCGACUCAGUUCGGCUUCUUUCUUCAUAUCCCAAACUUUCGGAAGGCUGUCUUAUUGCCAUUGCCAUUCGGCGAUCCACUGCGGCCGUCGCCGGCACUUUUGACUGCGGUAUAUUUGUGGGGCAUCCAUCUUUCUCCCUCGCAAACCCGCUUCGAAUCCGAGAGCCUCUUCGUCAAACGGGCGCAGAAGCAACUCUCCACCGAGAUUUCUGAAGGUCGCAAUCCUUCCCACGCAUUGCAUACCAUCCAAGCCGGCAUUCUGCUGUCAUAUUAUAUGCUGCGAAAUAGACGUUUUCUCGAGGCAGAAUUUCACGCCAAUGGUGCCGCAACUCUGACUAUGGCCUACCAACUGCAUAAAAUCUGCUCCUCCCAUUCCGACGGCCCUUCCUUCAGCCCUGAGACAACGGAGGUCCGGCGAAAUCUUGGGCCUGCUGUGGAUGAGGUUGAGCAGGGAGAACGCAUACACUGUUUUUGGGCUGUUGCGUGUCUUCAGAGUACGUGUGGAAUCGUGAUCGGCGCACGCGGAAGCAUAAGCCUCGCGAUAUUGGAGUCGUCCAGUAACGAGAUCGACACGCCGUGGCCAGCAGAGUUCACGGACUACGAAAAUCCAUCUCCCUUUUCACAGCCCGAGUCUCUAUCUCAAGCAACUAUCAAGUGUUUCCUGACUAGAGAAACAACUGCCUCUGCCUCGCCCAACACGUUGCAGGCACAAGCAAUGGUACUUUUCCAUCGCGCAUGGCGUUUGAGCUCCAGAUGGUCUUCCUCUCUCCAACCUGACGCGCUGGUCUCGUUUUUCUCCUCUGUCACCUGGCUAGACUCCCGGAUACAGGCGCUUUGGAUAGUGUUGCCCAUGGCAUGCCGCACCAAUGACCCAGACAAAAUGCACUUGAGAAUUCUCACUCGUGCGGUUCUGGCGGGUGCAUCUAUCGUCCUCAAUCGGAUUUCUGCUGCUAACAACAACUCCGAGGCUCAGGGUGUUUUGGGUGCUGCCCGGGAAAUUAUCGUGUCUACCGCUACGCUCAUGUCCAAAUUGAGCAUCGCCUCGGUCGUCGUGAGCCCGCUUCUUGGCACGCUAUGUGCUCUCGCGUGCGAAGUCGUCACAGAUGCCCUCCGUGAAGAGCGCCAAUUCCGACAUACAUUCAAAGCGAAUCUCGGGCUCGAUCCCCCGCCAAGCACAGAAGAAUCGACGCUCUUGUCCGAUAUUCACACGGUGCUGCAGACGAUGCAGUUCUAUGCAAAUCAUGACGGCAGUCCGCUCUUUCAACAGCAGCUGGCCAAGGCGCAGCAAGAGUAUGCGUCAAUAGAGCAGCUGAACCACUAG